CCACCACACAACAAUGCAAUGAAAGCUUGUCUAGACUUGUUGAAUCAAGAUGGACAUAUUAGGAAUACUUUUCAAGUGCAAAGCUCAGAACAAAUUUUGAAGAAUCGAAUACGUCUCAAGACAUCAAUUGACACUGUUCGUUGGUUAACACUUCAAGCUUGUGCUUUUAGGGGACAUGAUGAAACUAGCGGGUCAAGAAAUCAAGGCAAUUUUCUUCAAUUGAUAAAACUCUUGGCAACUUACAAUGAUGAAGUUGCGAAAGUUGUGUUGGAAAAUGCUCCAUAUAAUUCUAAAUAUACUUCACAUCAAAUUCAAAAAGAGAUUUUGCAUAUUCUUUCUAGUAGGGUGAGAAAACAUAUAUGUGAAGAAAUUGGUGAUUCCAAAUUUUGCAUCGUUGUAGAUGAAGCUCGUGAUGAAUCAAAAAGGGAACAAAUGUCUCUUGUGUUAAGAUUUGUUGACAAAGUUGGUUUAAUACAAGAGCGAUUUUUUUUUGUGGCACAUGUUAAAGACACUACAACUUUAACUCUGAAAGAAAAAGUAUGUGAUAUACUUUCUCGACAUAAUCUUGAUGUUUCUAACAUGCGUGGUCAAGGGUAUGAUGGUGCUAGUAAUAUGAGAGGAGAAUGGAACGGUUUACAAGCACUGUUUAUGAAAGAUUGUCCUUACGCAUACUAUGUCCAUUGUUUUGCUCAUCGAUUGCAACUUGCUUUGGUUAGUGCAUCAAGAGAAAUUGUUCCAAUUCAUAAAUUUUUUGAGAAGCUCACUUUUGUUGUUAAUGUUGUUUGUUCUUCUACUAAGCGUCAUGAUGAGUUACAAGCUGCUCAAUUAGAGGAAAUUGCACAUUUGCUAGAAAUUGAUGAGAUUGUAACUGGUAAAGGUAUAAAUCAAAUUGGUACUUUGAAACGAGCUGGGGAUACUCGUUGGGGAUCACAUUUCUCUUCUAUUUGUAGCUUGAUAAAUAUGUAUGAGGCAACUUGUAUUGUUUUAAAAAAAAUUACAAAUGAAAGAGCAAGUUAUUCUACACGUGGGGAUGCUGAUAGUGCUUAUAAUUAUUUGAAUGCGUUUGAUUUUAUAUUUAUCUUGCAUUUGAUGAAAAAAAUUAUGGGGAUAACUGAUAUACUUUGUCAAGCCUUACAACAACAAUCUCAGGAUAUAGUUAAUGCCAUGUGUUUGGUUGGAACAACAAAGUAUCUUAUUCAAGUAUUGAGAGAAGAUGGUUGGGAUGCAUUAUUUACUGAAGUGAAGAACUUUUGUGAAAAACAUGAUAUUGAAAUUCCUGAUCUCAACGAUGUUCAUUCAACAACAAAAUUUGGACGAUCUCGUCUUCAACAAGGUCAGGUUACAAUAGAGCAUUAUUUUAGAGUUGAAAUAUUUUUUACUGCCAUUGAUCAACAAUUACAAGAGUUGAAUAACAGAUUUAGUGAGCAAGCAAUAGAUUUGUUAACUCUAAGUUGUGCUUUGACUCCUAAGGAUAAUUAUAAAUCUUUUAACAUUGAAAAAACUUGCACUCUAGUUGAAAAAUAUUACCCUGUGGAUUUCAACAUGCAAGAGAAGAUUAAUUUGAAAUUUCAACUCCAACAUUUCUUAAUUGAUGCUCGUCAAGAUUUAAAUUUGAAGAAUUUAUCAACUAUCCAAGAAUUGUGCUCAUGUUUGAUUGCAACUAAAAAGACGCAAAAUUUCUGCUUGAUUGAUAGACUACUUCGUCUUAUCAUGACUCUUCCGGUUUCUACUGCCACAACUGAAAGAUCUUUUUCAGCAAUGAAAAUUAUUAAAUCAAGGUUAAGAAACAAGAUGGAAGAUGACUUUUUGGCAGAUACCAUGACGAUUUAUAUUGAAAGGGAAAUUGCUGCAAGUAUCACUUCUGAGUCUAUUAUUGAUGAUUUCAAGUUAAUUAAAGAGCGUAGAGCAUUACUUUAA